GUUCAGCACCAAGGACAGCGGAGAUAGCGGCGAGCCUCAGGUCACCAGACCAGAAUGGAGCCACGCCAAAAGCGGGGAAACAGGAGAUUAUUUUAAAAAAAGGAACAUUUUAAACGUAAACCGAAUAAACCAACGCGCUGGACUUUAUAUAUAAUUAUUGGUUUAUAUAUCAUUACUGCUUUAUUUCAGCCUAUUUAUAAAAGGAGAAUGAAUCUUUGAGGGGAAAUAUCAACAGGAGCGUCACCAAACCAAGACGCGUUUUUUUUUCACCUUUUUUUUUUAACACAACGUUUUCUGAUCAACUCAAAUAGACCGAGAAAACACAUACAUACCUAAACAGAUCAGAUAAAUGUGAUCGUAUUCCUGUGCUUCACAAGUUCUUUACUAGGAACCUGGUCCAUUAGGCUGCCUCAUCGACGGACCCUGUGUAUGACAGCUUGCUAAUACGCGCGGAUCCAGAGGCAGACAAACAUGCGUCUGGUUCUCUUCGCCUUCCUCGUGUCCUGCUCGUGUGCACGGGGAGGCUGCGAGCCCAAGAUCGUCAACAUCGGCGCCGUGUUGAGCCAGAAGCGGUACGAACAGGUGUUCAAGGACGCGGUGACCCAGGCCAACAAUAUCUACGGCAAAGACAAGUUCAAGAUGAACGCGAUCUCCGUCACGCACAAGCCCAACGCCAUUCAGAUGGCACUGUCUGUGUGUGAGGAUCUCAUCUCAAACCAGGUCUAUGCCAUUUUGGUGAGUCAUCCUCCUCAGUCCAAUGACCAUCUAACCCCGACACCAGUGUCCUACACAGCUGGAUUCUAUCGCAUACCUGUAGUGGGACUGACCACCCGCAUGUCCAUCUACUCAGACAAGAGCAUCCACCUGUCGUUCUUGCGCACGGUGCCUCCUUACUCUCACCAGGCUCAGGUGUGGUUUGACAUGAUGCGCGAAUUCCGCUGGAAUCACAUUAUCCUGAUCGUGAGCGAUGACCACGAGGGUCGUGCGGCACAGAAGAGGCUGGAGACUCUCCUGGAGGAGAGGGAGACGAAGAGUAAAAACAGGAACUAUGAAAACCUCGACCAACUGUCCUAUGACAACAAGCGAGGACCCAAGGCAGAGAAAGUGCUCUUGUUCAGCCAAGACACAAAUCUGACUGCACUGCUCCAGGAGGCCAAAGAGCUGGAGGCAAGAGUUAUCAUCCUGUCUGCCAGUGAGGACGAAGCAGCGGCCAUUUACAAAGCUGCUCGCCAGCUGAAUAUGACCGGGUCCGGUUACGUGUGGCUGGUGGGAGAAAGGGAGAUGUCUGGUAAAGCGCUAAGUGAAGCUCCAGAUGGCUUGCUCGGCCUCCAGCUGAUCAACGGCAAGAACGAGUCGGCGCACAUCUACGACGCCGUGGCUGUGGUGGCCCAGUCCAUCCAGGAGCUCUUUGAGAAGGAGAACAUCACCGAACCUCCGAAAGGAUGCGUGGGCAACACAAACAUCUGGAAGACCGGCCCACUCUUCAAACGAGUACUGAUGUCAUCCAAGUAUCCAGAUGGCCUCACAGGCCGGGUGGAGUUUAACGAUGAUGGAGACAGGAGGUUCGCCCACUACAGCAUCCUCAACUACCAGAAAACCCGGUUGGUCCAAGUGGGUGUCUACAACGGCUCACAAGUCAUGAUGAACACGCAGAGGAAGAUCAUUUGGCCAGGAGGAGACACUGAGAAGCCAAGAGGUUAUCAGAUGUCAACAAGAUUGAAGAUCGUGACCAUUCAUCAGGAGCCGUUUGUGUACGUGAAGCCGACGCUGCGAGACGGAACGUGUAAAGAAGAACACACCGUGAAUGGAGUGCUGAUCAAAAAAGUGAUCUGCACUGGGCCCAACGAGACGAUUCCUGGUCGUCCCAUAGUGCCUCAGUGCUGUUAUGGAUUUUGCAUCGACCUCUUGAUCAAGCUCGCAAUGACAAUGAACUUCACCUACGAAGUACACCUAGUGGCUGAUGGAAAAUUUGGCACUCAGGAGCGCGUGAAUAACAGCAAUAAGAAGGAAUGGAACGGCAUGAUGGGAGAGCUGCUGGGUGGCCUGGCAGACAUGAUCGUGGCUCCACUUACCAUCAAUAAUGAGCGAGCCCAGUACAUCGAGUUCUCCAAACCAUUUAAGUACCAGGGGCUCACCAUUCUUGUCAAAAAGGAAAUACCUCGCAGUACGCUGGACUCGUUCAUGCAGCCCUUUCAGAGCACUCUAUGGUUACUGGUGGGUCUUUCGGUCCAUGUUGUGGCGGUGAUGCUCUACCUAUUAGACCGUUUCAGCCCAUUUGGAAGGUUUAAAGUGAAUAGUGAAGAGGAAGAAGAAGACGCCCUCACCUUAUCCUCUGCCAUGUGGUUCUCUUGGGGGGUACUUCUGAACUCUGGUAUUGGAGAAGGUGCCCCACGGAGCUUUUCGGCAAGGAUUUUAGGUAUGGUGUGGGCUGGUUUUGCUAUGAUUAUAGUUGCAUCUUAUACUGCCAAUUUGGCAGCCUUCCUAGUGCUGGAUCGGCCUGAGGAGCGCAUUACCGGCAUCAACGACCCUAGGCUGCGAAACCCAUCAGAUAAAUUCAUCUACGCCACGGUGAAGCAGAGCUCUGUGGACAUUUACUUCCGGCGUCAAGUUGAGCUGAGCACCAUGUACCGCCACAUGGAAAAGCACAACUACGAGAGCGCCGCUGAGGCCAUCCAGGCUGUGCGAGACGGCAAACUCCAUGCUUUUAUCUGGGAUUCAGCCGUGUUGGAGUUUGAAGCCUCGCAGAAGUGCGACCUGGUCACCACCGGAGAGUUGUUCUUCCGUUCAGGCUUCGGCAUCGGCAUGCGUAAAGACAGUCCUUGGAAGCAGAAUGUUUCCCUGGCCAUCCUCAGCUCUCAUGAGAAUGGGUUCAUGGAGGACCUUGAUAAAACAUGGGUGAGAUACCAGGAGUGUGACUCCAGGAGCAAUGCCCCAGCCACGCUCACCUUUGAGAAUAUGGCAGGCGUGUUUAUGCUUGUGGCUGGCGGCAUCGUCGCCGGGAUCUUCCUCAUCUUCAUCGAGAUUGCAUACAAACGCCACAAAGAUGCUCGCAGGAAGCAGAUGCAGUUGGCCUUCGCAGCAGUUAACGUCUGGAGGAAGAACCUACAGCCAUAUCCCACGGACAUCACCGGCCAGCUCAACCUGUCUGACCCUUCCGUCAGCACGGUGGUGUGAACGCAGACAAGAGAACGCAAAAAAAGGGAGCUAGACAUAAUGAGAGUGCGACAGAGAGACUAGAAACUGAGGAGAUGGUUGGCAGGAGUUGAGUGAAAUUGUGCCAGACCUGCUGAUCCCUUUCUAUCAACAACGUCAACGUCUGAGCCAACAACAUGCUCAUCUGAGCAAAAAUAAACCCCAAAACUCUCUCUCACACACACACACACACACACACACACACACACACACACACAAACACACACAUCUCCAUCCUCCUCCUCCUCCCCAGGCCUCUGUGCACAUGCCCAGGACACAACUGUGACACAUGAAAGAAACUGCCAAAAAAAAAUUAAUAAAUAAAAAAUAAUGCCCUAGGAGCUGAAAAGUACUGCCGCAAUAUACCCUGACAUUCCUCGCAUCUGAAAACACCCAGCUUCAUUCUCCCACACUUUCAACACUCACGAAGCAUGCUCAAAGCUUAUUAUAAAGUUUUUAGAAAGCUAGUUCUAUUUACCUUAGGUUUGGCUUGUCAUAUUAACAUUUCAUUCAUUCAGUGGUCACUCUACCUCCAUUUUCUCUGCAUUUUAAAAUACAUGUAGCUGAACAGUUUUAAACGAAGUUUUACUACAUUUGUUUCAUGUUUGAUUUGCAAGGACUUUUGUUUUGUAUAUUGUAUAAUGCUGAUGUAAAACAUACCUCUGAUUGCUAUUUGUAUUGUUAUUAGACUAGGCAAUAGAUAACUGGUACAUGUAGAGUAGAUAAAAGGAUAAAUCCACCCUGAAAGGUUUGUUUAAUCAUUAACACGAUCAGAUUAAUCAUUAACACGAUCUUUCAAUAAUGUUUGCGUUCCUAUAUUACACACCAUGCAGUCUGACUAGCUGGUAAUAAGACCUAGUGGGAUUUCACACUUCUUUCAAAUCACUCUAAAGCGAGCGAUGCAGCAUCGCUUUACUACUUUAAUUUGUCCAGCUCUCUUUCAUGCUAAUACUAAUAUGGCACACUAAUACGACACACAACUGCUAACAUCCAACACAUAUAACAAAAAUAACAAAAAUACAGCACCAACCAACAUCCCAGCACUCGACUAGCUAAUCAGGUCACAAAUAUAUUCAUAUAAACAUUGAUUAUGUUUCAGGGUGGAGCUUUCCUUUAUGCACUACUGUAAAUAAUGCUGUAGGUAUUAUACAGGUCCUUGAGGUUUAUCUUGAAGUUUUUGAAUCGCUUCAUUCUUUCAUUUGCUUUCUCCAAAACAACAUUUUGCUAAUACGAUCCGAAUCUGUUAAGCCAACAAAACUGUGGAUCAAUUUAUUAUUAUUAUUAUUAUAAUAUUUUUUUUCCUACGUCAUUAAUCAAGUGCAAAAUGUAGCAUUUGUUUUUUUAAAUAAGCUUUGAGACUCGAUAUGAAAGGGACCCAAAAAUAAAUAAAAAAUAAAUAAAUAAAGUGGCGUGAAACUAAUCAUGCAGUUAUUAUUACAGGAUAUUUUGAGUGGAAGGCUUUUAAUAUUUAAUUCUGCUUGAAAUGCUCUGUAAUAAUUUCGCAAGCAUCGUCUGACAUCCUUUAACCCUAAGGGACCCUUUCGGAUUACAAACAAGGAUUGUGUGUUGAUGUAAUCAGUGUUGUAUUUUGGUUGUUCGUUGAUACAGACGGCGAUGGAAGUAAUAUUAUUAUUUCUACGUUCUUUUAAUCGGCUUUGGCUUUUGUUUUCUGGGCUAUGCGAUCGACGACGACUGAACAGGACGAUCGUUUGUAUUUUGCGGCUUGUGCUAAUACACGUGGUGGACGGUAUUAACGCUAGGACACGGUAUAGCACAUUUUGUCUUGAAACAAUCUUUCCGAGGGCUUUAAUGUGCGAGAAUCUAUUUUGUAAACUAGGAAUAUGACAUGAAGUGUUUUGUUUAUUUACUUAUUUAUUUCUGUAUUUUGUCUGAGGUUCAUAGAGCAUAUGGUAGAGACUGUAUCAGGUAGAUCCUUUGUACGCUGCUUGUACUGUGAAAUCCCUGCGAUGCUUCAAGCGUUUGAGUGAUUAAUCUUACAAGCGAUGGAUAAAUCUGCUUUCUUGACGAUAUAUAUUGAUUUAUUUCGAUCGUAAAGGAAAUCCAAUCCGACACAAACAUUGUGAUUUUGUGUAUCUCUAGACGAUUUUAAUAUUAAUAGAUACAUCCAGGUCUGGUUGUUGUUUUGUUUUGUUUUUUUUUUUAAUCACCAAAUGUGCUUUUGAAGGCCAGUCCUACUCUGUGAGAUGAUAAAAAAAUAAAUAAAUGUUCUAAAGUUAUACUCUCAUGUGCU